AUGGUUUGGCAAAGGUUCAAAAUUGACGAUGGGAGUAAACCUCUCAAAGCUCUUCCAAAGCCCGCGGCCAACAGUUUCUUGACCACUUUUAGCAGUCGUGGUAAAAUCCUUGGCGUUUUCUUCAUUGCGUACGACGACUCUAUCCAACUUCGAACAUGGACCGACGGAGGACGCUGGAAGCGUUGGGAAGUCAGAGGUCCAGGCUCAGCAUCUCCAUCGACUCCCCUUGCAGCGGCGCCCAGAGAUGCGACGUUGGCCAUGUACUAUGAUCUCUUGUGGGUACAAAAGGAUAGUGGAAAGCUUGCAAUGUGCGAAAUUGCGGAAAAAACGUCGACAGUUACUGAAUUUCAGUCUCCACUUGAAUUUUCGCCAACAGGUCAAUUUAGGCCCAAAGACCUUCUCCAGGGAAAUGGUUUAAUUUGCCAUAUGACUACCAAAGAAGGAGAUGUACCCUCGAAUAAGACAACAAUGGCCGGAUUGGAGGUCUUUUUCACCGACCAAUAUGCAAUCCGACGCUGCUACUGGAAUCCAGAUGAACUUUUCAAUGAUUUGCUCUCACCCAUCUUGAACGACGCCCACAAGAACAGCCCUCUUACUCUUGCGACGACUUGGCAUUCGGGGAAUUUAGUCACAUGGUUGUUUUAUGUUGGAGCCAAUGGCAACAUCUUGUGGUAUCUUCGAUACAGAACUCUCGGUAGAGGAUUGUCUGGGGUCAUCGAGGGCUCAAAAGCUGCGGUUGGACCGCGAACUAUUGCAGCAGUAUGCAUUGAUACUGCUGAGGAAGAAUCUCGAAUUGUGCUGAAAGCACAUGUAUCUGUUAUCACACCAGAAGGCAGCGUAGCUUUGUACAUCGGCCAAGCCAUCGAAUCAGAAGAAUGUUCUCGCAUAGACUGGCAUAGACACCCACUAUACCCAGGAGCAGAUCACCCUUACAAGAUCAGUGGCCAAACCAGUUACGAAAACAUCGGCAUAUGUGCUGCGCGUCGCACCAAAAAACUUUACGACGUGUAUUGGACGAUGCCCGACGGGUCAGUGACUGGUUCCCAAAUGGCAGUUGAGAGCAACAAGCCUGAUACAGGUGGUAUUGUGCAUAAUCCGCUAGCUCCAGCAAACUCUGUUCAUAAAGGCAGUCGCAUUGCUUUGAUUUCAAGAGAUGUUGGAGAGAUGGAGUUGUGGGGUAUAUCGCCAGACGAUUGUUCUCUCCUAGCUGGUACCGCUGAAUGUCAUCCUCCCAUGAAGCAGCUGGUGGACCUCGAGAAGCCAGAGGUCGUUCCAAUAUCUUUGCAAACUCCUUGGGCUGCUACCGACUCCCUUUUCCACUCUCUUUGGGAUCCAUACGAUGUGGGUAAAGCACCAGACAUGGCUCAUCCCUCGAAUAUGGUAUCGAAAAAGGACUGCGAAGAACGUCCAGUCUACAUUGGGACACACAAGCUUCCUUUCCAUCUAAAUGAAGCUUCCUUUGAUAUCUUUACAUUUCUCAAGGACGUUGCCGAAGACGCCAAGCACAGGCCAGGCCCAUACAAAGAUAAACCAUUUCCGAAUCCUACAUACCAUUGGGCCGUAAUGGUUGGUGGACUCGAACACGAACUCAAUGGCUAUAUCAAUGGGACCAUUUGUUACCAAAAAACAGGAUGA